UGUAUAGUAAACGCACUGUUCACUUAAGUAAAAUUAGCUUAAUUUUUUUUCUCAUAUUGUUCUCUCUCCAUAUAAAGUUAGGGGUAACUCGGGGACUCCAAGAAGCACGUCUAGCUCGCUCGGAAACAUGAGUGAUUUGCGGCGGCUUUCAUAAGAAGUGGGUGGGGUAAGUUUCUCCCAUGUGCAGGGGCGGAGCCAGGAUUUGACCGUCGGGGGGGACCGAAGUUUAGAAAGUGUAUAAUGUCGAAGAAAAUAUAUCAUAAAAUGUAAUUAAUAUUUGUAUUUAUUUAUAAUUUAUUUGUAAUAUUUGAGAUAAACAAAUUGCCAGAACUAUUAUUAGAAAUAUAAAUUUAAAAUUUGAAGGAUAUAGUUAAGCUAUUUCAAAAUUACAUGACUUAUAAAAAAAAUUAUGAAAGUUAAAUAUGCUUCAUGGUAAAACUAAAUUAGUUAAAAAAUAGGGUCUUUGGUCACGCUCAAUUAAGAAGGUUAAAAACAAUUAAAUAUGAGUUUUGAUCACAGUCUGAUAAGAAGUUCAAAAAUUCAAUAACAAUUAGCUGCCAAAGGUCUCGAACCAAGACCCCGGAGGGCCAUAAUCAACUUCUGUUCCGGUGGACUGCACGCAAAUCCCAUGCUCCAUUAUUGAACACAGUUUGUAUUUAUACUAAUCUUCAUUUUCUACGUAAUUUUACAAACCUCGAUAGAAUUUGGUAUGUGAUUUCAAAAUUCUGGGGGAGGGGGGCGACCCCCCGAAGCUCCACCUAGCUCCGCCCCUGCCCGUGUGUAUCGACCUCAUGAAAACAAUCAAGCAGUUGCAGCUCACAUUAUGGCUCAUAUCCAGACUCGUUGGAAUGAACGUAUUGUUUGGUGGGAUAGACGCUGUUUUAUUUAGUUGAUCAGAUUAUAUACUCGAUGAUAUAUUGUGACUUUUGAUUAAUGAAAUCAAUGCAUACAUAUUGUUGUUAAGAAAAAAUCCGGGUAAUAGUGAUUGGAGACGGGAAAAGAUCCAAAGAUCCCGAUAGAAAAACAUAUUAUUAUUGUAGUAACUUGCAGAAAAAAGACAAAUCUAAGAUUAAUCGUUCUUAUUGCCUUAUUAAUUUUUAUAUAUCAAGCUUGAGCCACGGGGAAGAAAGGAAAAGAUCUUAAUAGUAAAUAAGCAAAAAAAAUUCAGUAGUAGUAAACCCCCGGCAUUUGAUAGAUAUACUUUGCCUCCCGAGUGGAAACUUCUUCCUUUCUUUGGGUGUAUCAAUGGAGUUGGCCGCGCGUUGAUUUCUGCAAUUUUGACCCAAACAAAGAUUAAUAAGAUUCCACUGUUUCCCAGGACUUCAUUUCCCUCCUCCCUCUUUUAUUCUUCUCUUGUUGUUUCUUUACUUGUCGUCGCUUCGCCUGUUUGGUUGGUUGGUCGCCGUCCCCUCGAUGGGUAACUGAAUUCCCUUUUUAUUGUUGGGUGUUCUUUUUUAAUCUUAUUCCCGCUAUUUGUUCGCGUCUUAUCUUCGCAAUCCAAGAUCUGGGUUCCGUUUCUCGACUCUCAAAGCUCCCGACUUCGCAUGUCAACGGCGGAAUAACAUCACUUUGAUCUGAGGGUUUCUUCGGGAAGUCGGAAUUCCCCCACUGUAGAUGGAGAGUUGCAGUGCGGAGGAGGGAUUCUUCGAUACUAGAGAAGAGGUAUCUUCCGUCUCCGAUUGGGCUUCCGAUUCUGACGGCAACGGUGUUUCCCCCAAUUCGCAGUUCGAGAUUUGGGCUAAGAAUCCGGAGAGCGUCGAGGAUCGGCGGCGGAGGUUCCUGAGAUGGAUGAAUCUGGGUUCCGAUCGGGGUUCGGUGGUGGAGGAAUUGAAGAAGGAGAGCAUCGAGAAAAUCGAAUUGGGGAUUGAUAGAGUGAUGGAUGAUAGCGGUGCGGUGUUGAGAACUUCUGGUUCUGAUGAACGCGACUUCUGGUCCGACACUUUGUCGCGGUCUACUUCUUGCCAGUCAGCUGAAGCUCGGGAAUCGUUUGAAGAUGGUGCUUCGGAGAUGGAUUUAAUGUACAAAAUCAGGAACUUGGACGACGGGAGGGAGUUUGUCUUUGAAGAACUGGAUCAAGCUGGAAUCUUUAGCAGAUUGCGGGAAGUGGGAUCAGAUCGUUCUCUUAGCUUUGAAGAGUUCCAGAGAAGUAUAGGAUGGUCACCUUUGAUUCAGCGGUUUCUUCGUCGAUAUGCAGAUGGGGCAAGAACUAUGUGUGAAACUAGGAAGAAACCUAAGAGGGGUUGGCUGAGGAAGUUCGGAUCAUCACCAGCUCGCAUUCCCGACAAUGUCAAUGGUAAUGAACUGUCUGGAGGGAAUAAGUCGCAAAGAGUUAAGGUUCAUUCCAACAAGAAGAAGACCAAGGAGCUGUCUUCACUGUAUUCUGGGCAGGAAUUUCUUGCUCAUAAGGGGUCUAUACUGACCAUGAAGUUCAGUCCAGAUGGGCAGUACUUAGCUAGUGGUGGAGAGGAUGGUAUUGUGAGGGUAUGGAAGGUUAUUGAGGAUGAUAGGCUUAACCGACUUAAUGUCCCGGGCAGUGAUCCUUCAUGUCUUUGCUUCGCAAUAGACCAUAAAUCCAAAAUAACUUCUUUGGAUGUAGAUGCAAUUGCAAAGAACGAUGGGAAAACAAAGAGACAUAUUUCUUCAGACUCGACUUGUGUUGUUUUGCCCCCAAAGGUGUUUAGGGUUCUUGAGAAGCCUCUUCAUGAGUUCCGGGGUCACAGUGGUGAGGUUUUGGAUCUCUCCUGGUCUAAGCAGAGGUUGCUUCUGUCUUCAUCGGAUGAUAAUACCGUUCGCAUGUGGCAAGUGGGAUGUGACAAAUGCCUGAGAGUUUUUCAUCAUAAUAACUAUGUGACUUGUGUCCAUUUCAAUCCUGUGGACGAAGACCAUUUCAUUACCGGUUCAAUAGAUGGGAAAGUCCGAAUCUGGGAAGUGUCUGGCUGCCAGGUCAUUGAUUACACGGAUGUCAAAGAGAUAGUCACUGCAAUAGCUUAUCGUCCUUGUGGAGAGGGAGCUAUUGUGGGCACAAUGAGUGGAAACUGCCUCUUCUAUGAGAUCAGAGAUAAUAAGAUGCGACAGGAUACUGAAAUAUGUUUGCAAGGGAAAACUAAGUUGCCUGGCAAGAGAAUAACUGGCUUUGAGUUUUCUCCAAGUGACCCGAGCAAAGUAAUCGUCUCAUCUGCCGAUUCUCUUGUGCGAGUUCUCUGCAGCUCAGAUGUCAUAUGCAAAUUCAGGGUGUCCAGUCUUCGGGCUGCAGCAAACCAGAUGCACGCCACUUUUACCUCAGAUGGAAAGCACGUCGUCUCAACAAGUGAUGAUUCCAACGUCUACAUUUGGAACUAUGAUAAACAAGAAAGAAAGUCAUCUUCUCGAGCUAGGCAUAUCCAUUCCUACGAGAGCUUCACCUCCCAAAAUGCUUCAGUGGCAAUACCUUGGCGUGGGGUUGAAACUGUGCCAGGCACGAUCCUAUCUCCACCACCGCCCAUUGGGGAUGUCGUGCAUGAAACUAGCAGCAGCAAAAGCAUGAUAUCUUCACCAGAUUGUUUCUCGCUGACUCGUGGGUUUUUGUUAGAUUCGUUGAUCAGGGGAUCUGCCACCUGGCCCGAGGAGAAGCUUCCUGACUCGAGACCCAUGUCGGUUUCCUCAACACCGAAGUUGAAACCGGAGUUCAAGUUUCUGAAGAAUGCAUGCCAGAGCAUGUUCAAUUCUCACAUGUGGGGCCUGGUGAUUGUUACUGCAGGCUGGGAUGGGAGGAUUCGAACUUACCUCAAUUACGGGUUGCCUCUGCGUGUCUGACUGAAGAAAACUUGUGAAGAAGGCAACAGUAUUUAACUAAGUUUUGAUUUAUUCCUGUACCUAUAUAGAUGAGACUGUCCUGUUUCUUUUAUAGGGCAGUUUAUACAAAUAGUCAAGAAAAAGAAAGCUGCUGAGGAUCCAGCCUAUUCAAAAAAAAGGCUGCAAAUUUGUAGUAUCUCAGUGUAUCUGCAGAAACCCAAGUGCACUGGGUUCACUGUUUUUUGUGUGUAUGGAAAGUGUGUAUAAAAGAAACAAGUUCAUAUGAUUCUUUCAUUGCUUCUUAUGUCAGUCUGUACUGGAAAAAGCUUUUGGAUGGUCAGUUGUGAUUCUCUGAAAUGAAUUGCUCCGUAGAGCUGUAAUCCGGUCCCAAUGAGGUUUUUCAACGGUUCAACUUUCUGAAUUCCCCCAUGGCUUCUUCCUAGUUGCAGCCACGAUCGAAUUGGUAGAGGUGGGGACUGGGGGCAAACUGAGCCUGCAACUUGGUACACCACCAUUUGCCUCUGCCCCCAGUGUGUUUCUUUACUUUUCUAUUAAUGAUGGGAGUCCCCACAAAGGCUCAAAUCAUAAAUUCUUUCUUUCUUAUCAUAGCUCCAAUCAAUCUUAAAAAAAGGUUAAAAUAGAUACCAGAACUCUUUUAUCACCUGGUAGGCACCCAAGCCACAUGGGUUUAGGUUCUGAGUAUUAACACUGAUGUGUUUGGCUGAUUUUAAUUGAGGAUGCAUGUGGUUGUUAGAGUUGAUAAAUUUACAUCGUCUUAGAUUAUCAUGUGAGAUGGUAGAAGAUUGCUAUAUAGAUAAAUUGCAAAUUGACCACCCACCGCACACACAAAAGAAAGUCAUACUUUUGUGAAGAGAGAAAUGUAUUAAAGCAGAGACAGUUUGGUUGGUUAUAGUACUAUGCCCACUUUGCAGCAGGAUCUAGUAGAUUUGGGAUGCUGUCCUUUGGGGAAAAAGGUUUUUCGUUGCUGUCACAUGAUUCAGCUUUCUUAUGGUCACGACACCACUGUCCUGGAGUCGUCACUUCCAAUUGGUUUUGUUUUCUCAAAACCAGAUAUCUUUUGGUGUCCCCUUACUGCUGCUAGUGGAAGCUUUGGUCCACCCUAAUGCCUUCAUCAUUCUGUCUAAUCUGUUCAUCAAAUCAAAUAAAGGGUCCCGGCUGCUACAUGAUUUUUCAUGGGAUGUGAAAUUGUCAAAAUGUGAUUGGAACAAAUAGAAAGAUUUUGGCUUUCAGAAAAGUAAUGAAAUACUAGAAUAAUG